AUGAGGGUUAUACUUCUUUACGAGAGCGCGUACGGCGGGCGCUUACGAACAUAUACGGACGUAAGUGUCCGUUGCGCGGCCCCUGCGUCCGCCACGCAACAGCCCAACAGAUCAACAGAUACUUUCUCGCUAGGCGGCCAGGGCCGGGGUGCUUCCACCGGCGCGCGCCUCGCUGCGUCUUUCCCCGCGCCGUCCCUGACGUCACCCUAA